UGCGGCGGGCCAGUGAGAGGGAGAGGCAGCCGGCAAGCACGCAAGGGAAGUGGCGGCUGGGGCUGCUGCUCUAGCCCCUAUCGCGGGGCUGCUGUCACCCCCCACCCUAGCUGGUCAGGUUGCCCGCCAGGCGGACAAAGCAGCCCAUAGCGCAUCGCGGCAACAUGCAGUCGCUCGGAGCGCUGCCCAGGCCCUGCUGCUGAGUGCCACCACCGCCACCUCUGCUGCUGCUGGGCCACUCCAGGAACCCUGCACCCUUGGGUCGUCACCGUCCCGUCCAGACCCCGAGUCACCGCCGCGGGCCAUGGAGGUGGCGCCUGAGCAGCCGCGCUGGAUGGCUCACCCUGCGGUGCUGAACGCGCAGCACCCUGACUCCCACCACCCAGGCCUGGCGCACAACUAUAUGGAGCCAGCACAGCUGCUGCCCCCCGACGAGGUGGAUGUCUUCUUCAACCACCUGGACUCGCAGGGCAACCCCUACUACGCCAACCCGGCCCACGCGCGGGCGCGAGUCUCCUACAGCCCAGCACACGCCCGUCUGACAGGAGGGCAGAUGUGCCGGCCACACUUGUUGCACAGUCCUGGCCUACCCUGGCUGGACGGGGGCAAGGCUGCCCUCUCGGCCGCGGCCGCGCACCACCACAAUCCCUGGACAGUGAGCCCCUUCUCCAAGACAACGCUGCACCCCUCUGCUGCUGGGGGCCCUGGAGGGCCUCUGUCGGUGUACCCCGGGGCUGCAGGUGGGAGUGGAGGAGGCGGCGCCAGCUCAGUGGCCUCCCUCACCCCCUCAGCGGCCCACUCUAGUUCCCAUCUCUUCGGCUUCCCACCCACACCACCCAAAGAAGUGUCCCCUGACCCCAGCACCACGGGGGCUGCCUCCCCGGCCUCCUCUUCUGCCGGGGGUAGUGGGGCCCGGGGAGAGGACAAGGACGGUGUCAAGUACCAAGUGUCACUGACCGAGAGCAUGAAGCUAGAAGGCGGCAGUCCCCUGCGCCCAGGCCUGGCCUCCAUGGGCACUCAGCCUGCCACCCACCACCCCAUCCCCACCUACCCCUCCUAUGUGCCCGCUGCCGCCCACGACUAUGGCAGCGGGCUCUUCCACCCAGGGGGCUUCCUGGGUGGCCCAGCCUCCAGCUUCACCCCAAAACAGCGCAGCAAGACCCGCUCCUGCUCCGAAGGCCGGGAGUGUGUCAACUGUGGGGCCACGGCCACCCCUCUGUGGCGGCGGGACGGCACUGGCCAUUACCUGUGCAAUGCCUGCGGCCUCUACCACAAGAUGAAUGGGCAGAACCGGCCACUUAUCAAGCCCAAGCGGAGGCUGUCCGCAGCCAGGAGAGCCGGCACCUGCUGUGCAAAUUGUCAGACGACAACCACCACCUUAUGGCGCCGCAACGCCAACGGGGACCCGGUCUGCAACGCCUGUGGCCUCUACUACAAGCUGCACAAUGUUAACAGGCCCCUGACCAUGAAGAAGGAAGGCAUCCAGACCCGGAACAGGAAGAUGUCCAACAAGUCCAAGAAGAGCAAGAAAGGGGCCGAGUGCUUUGAGGAGCUGUCCAAGUGCAUGCAGGAGAAGGCGUCGCCCUUCAGCGCGGCCGCCCUGGCCGGACACAUGGCCCCUGUGGGCCACCUUCCACCUUUCAGCCACUCGGGACACAUCCUGCCCACGCCGACACCGAUCCAUCCCUCCUCCAGCCUCUCCUUUGGCCACCCCCACCCGUCCAGCAUGGUGACUGCCAUGGGCUAGGGACAGCGUCCUGCUGCACAGACAGAUAGAUGUCCAGGAGGGAGGUGCUCCCCGGAUGGGUGGACCGUGCCCCGAGCGGCCACCCUUCCCCGGAGGCUGACACCACUCCUGCCAGCCCAGCCAGAGCCCAGAGCCGCUUCCACCUCCUCCAUGGCUCUCCGUGCAGCAGCAGUAGUGGCAGCGGCGGCGCAACAGCAACAGCAGCGGCAGCAGCGGUAGCUGCCGACCUUUACUGUGAAUAUUCUCAACCUGGCCAGAGGCUGCCCCCACCCCCUGCCCGGGUGGCUUCCUUUGUGGACAAUUGUCUGCAGAGCAAACAGGGACAACUUCAUGGCGAGGAAUGGAGGGGCCAGGGAAAAGAUGAAUACAACCAUUUUUUGAAGGAAAAAGAAGUAGGCAAAGAUAAUUUAUUUUGCUUUUGUUUCUAACAGGGACUGGGAGGUCUAGGCUGUCCCACGCUAUCUGGGUUUUUCCUUGGGCCCAUUGCUGGACUACCUGUCCGCCCGGCUUGGCUUGCAGGGCUCUGGGGGGGGCAGGCCUGCAGGCGCGUCCCCCACACCCUCCUCCUCUGCCUUCCCUCUGUGAAACCACUCAGCUCCAGGC